AUGGUCGAAGGCGGUGACCUGUGGGACGAGUUCCUGUGCUUGGACGACGUCGGGCUUCUGUACCACGGAUCUGGCACAUCCUUGCUGGAGCAGGAUGUCCUCGGUGCUGCCAUCGAUAUCAUUGAUUCACCGCCGAGAAAGUUGAAGCGACGUCGUUUCAACGUCGCUAAGGAGGAACUCACGGCACUUCGACAGACGCUUGUCGAUCUCACACGACAGUUGGAAGCAUUGACUGAAUCCCGAUCGAAAGUCAGCGCACCGUCGCAUCACAUAUCGAUCUGGGCUGCCGCUGCUCGGCAUGAACGCGUGGAAGCGCGGCGGGCGUCCGAUGAGAACGCCGCCCUCCGGAGCGCAGUUGAAGAGCGGGCCGCAUCUAUUGAGCAUCUUCGGCGCAUCGUUUUCAAGAAAACAUCGCAGUUGACGGACCAUCCCAUUACGAAUGAUCUCUGGCGAACCUACCACCUCCCGGCGGCUACCGGACGUCGGCUCGCCGCAAUCCACGCAAUCGCGGACCUACAGCGCCGCCGCCACGUCGAGAUCUUUAUGCAGGCUGGCGUUCUUGCCCAAGACGACGACUUGUACCAAGCCAAACCCAUUACGUUACCCGACUUCCGACCGGGUUUACAGGUCAUCAACCAUGUAAACUUGCCAAUUCCAUAUCACACUGCAACGUCGGCAUGCUGGGAAUCGCUGGCCGGCAGCUGGAGACCAUCGUCGCGUUCUCGGGCACAAGAAACUCUCGAGCAUAUUGACGACGACACAGUGUACGACCGGUUCACGGACCAUUUGCAGGCGGAGCCGCAGUUGGACACGACGGACGUGCCGACGGCCGUGUCGAACACCAUUCGUAAACGCUUUCACGGACCCGACAAGGACGUUGUCAUAUGCCGUACGGUUCUUGUCGAUGCGGCGCAUCCUGUCGACGACAGCGGAGCCGCUCCCAACCUGGUCGACGACAUGGCGGGAUGGAUUGUUACACGGCCGCAUCCAGACGCCCCUGCUACCUCUUGCCGCUUCACGAGUCUCUUCCAAGUGCCGCUGGAAGCGCACGGGGUGCAGAACGCUCCCAGGACGAGAUACGACAUGGACGCGAUCUUGGCCGUGAUCAAGAACAUGUCGUUCGUGUCGACGCCGACGGCGGCCAGCCCGACCAUGCACAUCGACACGCAGUCGAUGGAUUUGACAACCAUUUCGACACCGAUUCCAUCCAUGGGCACGUUCCUCGGCCGUGGGAAGGCAUUUGAACAGGCCAUCAAGGCGUCAUUGAACGCUGCCAUUGCUGCCUUACUUCCGGCGCCCUCGGCAUCCCAGCCCGCGGCCACCACCGCGAGGCGACCUGUCGAAGCAGUUGUGUAG